AUGCAUCAUGUAGUGCUUACGCCAAAAAUGUCAGGAAGAUUUUACUUCAUCUUUGGGGAGCCUAUUGAAACAAAACGGAGGGAGAAGGAAUUAAGAGAUAAAGAGAAGGCCCAACACAUCUAUUUGCAUGUCAAAUCUGAAGUGGAGAGUUGUAUCAAGUAUCUGAAGAGGAGAGGGGAGGAUCCCUAUAGGAGUACACUGUCCAGUCUUCUAUAUCAGGCAGCUCAUGGUUCUGAUGCAGAAAUACCCACAUUUGAACCCUGA